UCACAUUUGUGUGUGUGUACUGUAUACAUGUAUGAUUUGUAGGUAGUUCCGAGAUUGCAAAAAUAUGGAGUAAUUCAUUUCACUAAAAGUGAUUCAAGGCUUGCCAACAAUGGGAUUCCUUUAGAACUUCAAAAGCUUCGGUGUAGAGUAAAUUACAGAGCUUUGAAAUUUACCCCCAAAAUAGAAGAGACUGGCAAGAAGAUCGUAGAGUUUUUGAGAAGAAACGGCCCAUUCGUAGUUCUUCACCUCAGAUAUGAAAUGGAUAUGUUGGCCUUCUCAGGUUGCUCUGAAGGUUGCAACACUAAUGAAAUUGAAGAAUUGACAAAACUCAGAUAUGCGUAUCCAUGGUGGAAACAGAAAGAAAUAGACUCUGUGAAGAAGCAAAAAAUGGGUGAAUGCCCAUUAACUCCAGAGGAAACAACACUAACAUUGAGAGCAUUGGACAUUGAUCCUGCUAUGCAAAUCUACAUUGCUGUUGGUAACAUCUAUGAAGUUUGAGAUUCUAUGGUUCAGAAUUAAGUGCCCUUUGAACAAAGGUUUUGCACUAUAUCAUUAUGAUUUCUAAGUGAAAUAAUGCAACGAUCAAAAUUUCUGCAAAAAGCAGAGUAUAUAAAAAUGAUUCAAAACCACUUGGAAUGAGUCUAUAACAAGACAAUACAAGCUAAACUCUCUUCAUUGUAUAAUAGUUGUAUAUAACAUGAAA